CAUAUUAAUACUCGUACACAGCCAACAAAAACAACAAGCGAACCAUUUUUACACUCAUUUCCCGAGAAAAUCCUGCUGAAUCCCAGAGAAAAUCGUUUCCCUUUCUUUUUCUUUUUAAUUAUAUACUAUAAUAAUAUAAAUCCCUCUAUUGCCUCUAUCUUCAUCUCAACAUCUUAAAAGAAUAAAAAAGAUCCAACGGGAGCAAGCCAUCAGACAUUUCGUAUUUUACAGAGGCAGGUGUGAGCUGUUUUAUUGCUGCUAGUGCUCAUGGGAAAGGUGGCGGUGGGUGCGGCGGUGGUCUGUGCGGCGGCUGUCUGUGCUGCGGCGGCCCUUGUGGUCAGGCACAGGAUGCGCUGUUCGGGGAAGUGGGCCAGGGCCAUGGCCAUACUCAGGGAGUUCGAGGAAAAGUGUGGGACCCCCUCAGGAAAGCUACGCCAGGUGGCUGAUGCUAUGACCGUUGAGAUGCAUGCCGGUCUUGCAUCGGAGGGUGGAAGCAAGCUUAAGAUGCUCAUCAGCUACGUUGACAAUCUUCCUACCGGGGAUGAGAAGGGGCUGUUUUAUGCAUUAGACCUUGGUGGCACAAAUUUUCGUGUUCUACGGGUGGUAUUGGGUGGGAAAGAUGAUCGUGUUGUCAAAAAAGAAUUUGAGGAAGUUUCAAUUCCUCCACACUUGAUGACUGGAUCUUCAGAUGCUUUGUUCGAUUAUAUUGCUGAAGCACUUGCUAAAUUUGUUGCUAAAGAAGGUGAAGGUUUGCAUCCUUCGCCUGGUCAACAAAGGGAACUGGGCUUUACCUUCUCGUUUCCAGUUCGGCAAACAUCAAUAGCAUCAGGAAAUCUUAUAAAAUGGACAAAAGGCUUCUCCAUAGAGGACACGGUCGGGCAGGAUGUGGUGGGGGAGUUGACAAAAGCCAUGAAAAGAGUUGGCCUUGACAUGCGUGUGGCUGCUUUGGUCAAUGAUACGAUUGGAACAUUAGCUGGAGGUAGAUACUGCAACCAGGACGUUAUUGCUGCUGUAAUCUUGGGAACUGGAACAAAUGCAGCAUAUGUAGAGCGAGCACAAGCAAUUCCCAAGUGGCAUGGUCUUCUACCUAAAUCUGGAGAAAUGGUUAUCAACAUGGAGUGGGGUAACUUUCGGUCAUCACACCUUCCAUUAACAGAAUAUGAUCAAGCCCUGGAUGUUGAGUCUCUGAACCCUGGGGAACAGAUUUUUGAGAAGAUAAUUUCUGGUAUGUAUUUGGGAGAGAUUGUACGCAGAGUUCUAUUGAGAAUGGCUCAGGAAGCUGACUUCUUUGGUGAUGUUGUUCCACCAAAACUGGAGAUUCCAUUUAUCUUAAGGACCCCACACAUGUCUGCAAUGCAUCAUGAUACAUCUUCAGAUCUUAAAGUUGUUGGAAGCAAAUUAAAGGAUAUCCUAGAGAUAUCAAAUACCUCCCUGAAAAUGAGGAAAGCUAUUGUUAACCUCUGUGAUAUUGUUGCCACUCGUGGUGCCCGGCUAUCUGCUGCUGGAAUCGUAGGCAUCAUCAAGAAACUGGGAAGAGACACAGUGAGGGAUGGGGAAAAGCAGAAGUCAGUAAUAGCGUUGGAUGGUGGGCUGUUUGAGCACUAUACUAAAUUUCGUAUCUCCAUGGAGAGCACUCUCAAAGAGUUGCUGGGAGAGGAAGUUUCUGAAAGCAUCGUUGUUGAGCACUCAAAUGAUGGCUCAGGCAUUGGAGCGGCUCUCCUGGCAGCUUCCCACUCCCAAUACCUGGAGGUCGCAGAAGCUUAAUAAAGUAUAGGCAUAUGAGAAUAUUUUUCAAUUUUUGUAUAUUAGUCCUUUCCCCUCAUAUCACUUACUCCAGAUCAUCUAGAGCUAGUGUUGUCUCUCAGUUUAUAGAGUUUAUAACUGAGUGAUGGAUCAAAUGGUCCCAAUCCCAAGCUUCCAUGCUGAGGCCUGCCUUUUUGAUCCCUUAUCUCCUUUUUUUUUUAUUUUUUCUUUUACUCAUUGACGAGUUAGCAAAUAAAGUGGGGGAUGUAAACUAUUAUUUGAGUUGCUGCAUUCGGCAAAAUAUGUUUGUGGCUUCUAAUGGAAAUAAAAAGUGGAUUUUGCUGUCA